AUGCAGUACAAUCGGUUGCUUUACCAAGUGCUAGGCCUGCUUAUUGGCUGCACGUCUACGAACAGCUUGCUAUAUCCGACAUCAUCUUCAUUGGGUCUCACCUCUUCAGUUUCGAUACCGGUCGCUGAGUACUAUCCUGAACGCCGUAUACUCGUCGAUUGGUGCUUUGCCAUAGCAUAUGACUUGCCCUUCAACUUAAGCUCAUUCUAUAGCGUGCCCAUUUGGCCGGGCUUUGCCAACUACCACACCAAGCGCGAAGUUCCACGCAUCAGUCACAAUGAUAUUGGACUCUAUGAAAAAUACGGUUACAAUGCCUUGGCCCAGAUGCACCCCAAGGAUUUAUCAGCUGGAGAACUAUAUGCCAGCAUCGAGGAUGCCCUAACUUCAUAUGGAUUCCACGAGACCUGCCUGUUGCGCAGCGUUUGUGAGAUGGCCAAACAUCCUUUUGACGACGAGCAUCGGCACAUACUGACCGAUAUCUUGACAUUUGUCUUGAGUCCGUCGCAGCAUGAGGCAUUUCUGGAGAGCGAACAUGUCUAUAGGCGCGUCUAUGAACAGGCUGAACUUGAUGGAUUCAUGGGCAACGAUUGCGCCCGUGUCUAUGGGCACUGUAAACACGAUAUCUUAAGACUUAUUAGCAAUGUCAUUUUUCAUAAUAAUUGA